UUCAUUCUUCUUCUCUGUGUCAGGAUCGCAGAAAUUAUGCCCCUUCUCGCACCAUGAGCUGGCUCUCCAGUUCCCAGGGAGUUGUGCUAACUGCCUACCACCCCAGCGGCGCGGACCAGGCCGUGGGGGACAGCCACGCAAAGGGAGGUGAGCAAGCCACCUCGAGCCGCAGAUAUGGCCAGUACGACAUGAAUCAGGAAAGCUCUACCAAAGUUAUGGAGAAGCCUCCAUUUGAUCGGUCAAGUUCCCAGGACUCUUUGGAUGAACUAUCUAUGGAAGACUAUUGGACAGAACUAGAAAAUAUCAAGAAAUCUAGUGAAAACAGACAAGAUCAAGAGGUGGUGGUUGUCAAAGAGCCUGAUGAGGGAGAAUUGGAAGAAGAAUGGCUUAAAGAGGCUGGUUUGUCCAAUCUCUUCGGAGAGUCUUCUGGAGAUCCCCAAGAGAGCAUGGUGUUUUUAUCAACAUUGACCCGGACCCAGGCAGCAGCUGUUCAGAAACGGGUAGAGACCGUCUCCCAGACCUUGAGGAAAAAAAACAAACAAUACCAGAUUCCUGACGUCAGAGACAUAUUUGCUCAACAGAGCGAGUCAAAAGAAAAAGUUCCAGAUGGCACUGAAUCGCAGUCAGACAGAACAAAUGAAAACAAAUACCAAGGAAAAGAUGACCAGGCAUCUAGCCCUGUUGGUGAAAAGGAGCUGAUCCUACCCAUGCCUGAGGAGGCACCUGCCUCUGAAACGGACAUCAACCUGGAGGUAUCAUUUGCUGAGCAAGCAGUCAACCAGAAAGAGAGCUGCAAGGAUAGGACCCAGAAGGGCAAAGGCGACAAUGCCUCAUCAACUCAUUUCAGAUUGCCCAAAGACAAAACGGGCACCACAAGGAUUGGUGACCUUGCACCCCAGGACAUGAAGAAGGUUUGCCAUUUAGCUCUAAUUGAGCUGACCGCCCUCUAUGAUGUGUUGGGUGUUGAAUUGAAACAACAAAAAGCUGUGAAAGUCAAAACAAAAGAUUCUGGUCUUUUUUGUGUUCCACUGACAGUAUUGUUAGAACAAGAUCAGAAGAAAGUACCUGGAACUCGAAUACCCUUGAUCUUUCAAAAGCUGAUUUCUCGAAUUGAAGAGGGAGGGUUGGGAACUGAAGGUCUCUUACGUAUACCUGGAGCUGCCAUCAGAAUCAAGAAUCUUUGCCAAGAACUAGAAGCAAAAUUUUAUGAAGGGACUUUUAAUUGGGAAAGUGUCAAACAGCAUGAUGCGGCCAGCCUGCUGAAGCUCUUCAUCCGGGAGCUGCCCCAGCCAUUGCUCAGCGUAGAGUAUCUCAAAGCCUUUCAGGCUGUCCAGAAUCUUCCAACUAAGAAACAACAACUACAGGCUUUGAACCUUCUUGUUAUACUCCUACCUGAUGCAAACCGGGACACACUGAAGGCCUUGCUUGAAUUUCUCCAGAGAGUAAUAGAUAAUAAGGAGAAAAAUAAAAUGACAGUCAUGAAUGUCGCGAUGGUCAUGGCCCCGAAUCUCUUUAUGUGUCAUACAUUGGGUUUGAAGUCCAACGAACAGCGAGAAUUUGUAAUGGCAGCUGGGACAGCAAAUAUCAUGCAUUUACUGAUUAAGUAUCAAAAACUUCUGUGGACCAUUCCCAAGUUUAUUGUAAACCAAGUGAGGAAGCAAAACACUGAAAAUCAUAAAAAAGAUAAAAAAGCCAUGAAGAAAUUGCUGAAGAAAAUGGCUUAUGACCGAGAAAAACAUGAAAAGCAAGAUAAGAAUACAAAUGAUGCUGACGUUCCUCAGGGAGUGAUUCGAGUGCAAGCUCCCCAUCUUUCGAAAGUUUCCAUGGCAAUACAGCUAACUGAAGAACUAAAAGCCAGCGAUGUGCUUGCCAGGUUUCUCAGCCAGGAAAGUGGGGUUGCCCAGACUCUCAAGAAAGGGGAAGUUUUUCUGUAUGAAAUUGGAGGAAAUAUUGGGGAACGCUGCCUCGAUGAUGACACUUACAUGAAGGACUUAUAUCAGCUCAACCCAAAUGCGGAGUGGGUUAUAAAGUCAAAGCCAUUGUAAAGACUUAACAAGCUGCAGAUAACCACGAGGACUCCUGUAGUAAUUCUUGCUGGGUCAAGAGUGUAAAUAAAAGAAAUAGCGGGACUCCUAUUAUUCAGCUGUACCCAAUUAUUACAGAGUGACACUCUUAAGCCUUAAAAACUUAAAGAUUGUGCUGCUGCCAGAAUUAUGAUAAUAAUUACUAUUAAUAUUAUUAUUAAAAAACAAAUAUUUCUAAAGCAAGAGGA